ACCCGGAUGUAGCUACUCCGCAAGAUGGCGGCGGCGAGGGCGGGUGGCGCGUUGUAGCCCCCGCCAGCCGCCCCCGGCCCCGCCAUGGCGGACCUGGGCCGGCAGCUGCAGGAGUACCUGGCGCAGUCCAAGGCCGCUGCCGCCGCCGGCUCCAGCGCCGCCCCCGCGCCGCCACCCACCGGCUGCUCGCAGGAGGAAGCGGCGAGCGGCGGCGGCCUGGGGGCCUGGCUGGGCCCGCUGAACCCCUUCCCGCCGGGCCGCGGCUCCUCCCAGGCGGCGGCGGCGGCCGCUCCCGGGUCGGGCUGGCCGUGGGCGGCCGAGCCGGACCCCUGCCUGCCGGGUCUGUCGCGCUGGCAGCGGCUGGUGGGGAGCGGGCUGUGCCUGCUGCUGGCCGCGCUCUGCUUCGGGCUGGCCGCGCUGUACGCGCCGCUGCUGCUGCUCCGCGCCCGCAAGUUCGCGCUGCUCUGGUCCCUGGGCUCGCUGUGCGCCCUGGGCGCGGCCGCGCUGCUGCGGGGACCCGCCCGCCUGCUGCGGGAGCCCAGCCGCGGCAGCCUGGUGUACCUGGGCGCGCUGGGCGGCACGCUGUACGCGGCGCUGGGGCUGCGCAGCGGCGUCCUGACAGCGCUGGGCGCCGCCGUGCAGCUGGGCGCCGCCGCCGCCGCGCUGCUGGCCGCGCUGCCCGGGGGCGCCGCCGGCCUGCGCCGCCUGGGCGGGCUCCUGAGCGCCGCGCUGCGCCGCCGCGGCAAAGCGCUGCCGGUGUGACGGGAGGACCGGCGCAGCCCGGCGGGACUCGGACAAAGGGACUGACGCGCUCGGGCUGGCGCGGGGCGCGAAGACGCUUCUCCGAGACGGCGAUGGGGACGGCGCCGUCUGACGCCGCUUCGCCUCGUUCCUGCUGGGUUUUCCCCGCCGCUGCCUGAGCAAGAGGAGCAGCGGCCGCGGCAGCAGUGACUGACCGGGCGGUGCGGUGCUCGGUGCCCGCCCAGCGCGGGGUUUCGCCUCACUGCACAGUCAGUGUGUGUCCCUGGUGCCGCAGCCUGACUCAAACCGAGCUUCUUCAAACCGUGAGUGAGACGACAGAGCCGAUGCAACGUUCAUUAUUGACUUGCCCGGGACGUGAGAAGCAAGUGCCUGACAGCCGAGGAUGGUAGACUAGCAAGCAGCGGGGAUUUCCUGUGUUUUGGAAUUUUAACAUCAGCACCACUUGUAAUCUCUAGACAGCUGUGGCUAAAGGCGAAAAUGAAAGUUCUCUACACGAUAAACCAAAACACUAGGAAUCAGCUAUGAGUAUUUUAAACGGCUGAGAUUUCAGGAGGUAGUUCUGUUGCUUCAUCUGAUACACAAGUUUGCCUAAAGACACCCUACUUUGUAGUAAUAGGAUUCUGGCUUCCGCCCACCUUCAAAGCACGGAAAUUCAUCUGGAGUAGGAAGCAAACCCUUCCGGCCUCCUGAGCAGUAAGAGAUGCAGGGGACAGGAGUGAGAAGAGACAUUGUCUUCAUCAAAAUACCCUAAUUUGCCCAAGAAAUGUCUUUGCUUGCUUAUUCUUGCAUUUCAGCGUGGCAGAACGUUCCCCUCACCUCUAGAAGCACCACGACCUCGGCCCCGAACACCGUGGUCCCUUCCUCUUGAGUUUUCAUCUGGAGAGUCAAAAGUGUCGUCUGGCCCAAAAUCUUCUGGGCCAGGAAAGCCGUCUCUGCCCCUGGGCCCCCGGCCCUCGUGUCUCGAGGGGCCUCCUCUUCUGAAGCUACAAGAAAGAACACGGUACAAAUACGGUUUUUAGGAAGCAUUUAGAUUGAUAAACUCAUCAGCUUCACUUAAUCGACUCAUUUCUGAACUGUUUUACUUAAAGCUACAGCACAUACAGUUACUAGAAUAGGAUUUGUAGGUGGAAAAGUGCUCAUUUUCUGCCUUUGAGCACUUUGUUUAUUCAUUUUCAUAGUUUUCCUUCUGUUGAUUGUGUUGGUUUUUCGUACAAGAAAAAUAUUGUCAAAUAUCCUGCGUUCACUUAAUGAGAAGGGGAAAAAAACCCAAUCAGCGAGCAAUGAUAGAUACAGGGUAAGGUGAGGAAAAGCAUAAGUGAAUUUUCUUUAACUGUGGUGGUCUUACUUUCCCCUUCACUUUUUCCCUUCCAUUUUAGUGAUAAAAACAAACUGAAAAAAUACAA